AAAAAAAAGCCAAAAAAAAAAACGAAAGUGCAACUAAGGAAGAAACUCGAGAGUGGGAGCGUGGAAAGGGAACACGUUUACAAAUUUUGGAAGAAUGAAUGACAUGUCGUUCUGUGUUUGGUUUAAAGUUUGAGUCUUGCUGAGUACUGAGUUUGUUGUUUUGGGUUGUGGGUCGGAGCUGAAAGCUGAGGGGAAGUUGUGUCUUUGAGAGAGAAUUUAGAUGGCAGGGGUGGAGUCAAGAUGGACAAAUUGGAAAGGGAAUUUGGUGAGUGAGAAUUUUUUCUGUUUUCUAGUUGUUGCUUCAGUUUUUUUUGUGGUUGAAGCAAGAAAAGAACAACAAGUGUCAAGUUAUAAUGAGGGUAAAGAGGUUGUUGAGUAUGAUGAUUUGAUGAAGAAAGUCUUGAAUUUCUUCUGGCAAGAGGGUAAAUUGGGUUAUACUCAUGUUUGGCCUGCUAUGAAAUUUGGGUGGAAAAUUGUGGUGGGAACAAUUGUUGCAUUCUUCGGAGCUGCAUUUGGGAGUGUAGGAGGUGUGGGUGGAGGUGGCAUCUUUGUACCUAUGCUCACUCUUAUUAUCGGGUUCGAUGCAAAAUCCUCAACUGCAAUAUCAAAAUGUAUGAUUACAGGCGCAGCAGCAGCAACAGUUUACUACAAUUUAAAGCUGAGGCAUCCUGCAAUUGAUAUGCCCAUUAUUGACUAUGAUUUGGCACUUCUAUUUCAACCAAUGUUGGUCCUAGGCAUUAGUAUUGGGGUUGCUUUUAAUGUAAUUUUUGCAGACUGGAUGAUCACGGUUUUGCUGAUUAUUCUAUUCUUCGGCAUUUCAACUAAGGCAUUCUUCAAAGGCCUUGAGACAUGGAAAAAAGAAACCAUAAUGAAAAAGGAGGCCGCUAGGUUGGUGGAAUCAAAUAAUAACAACAAUGAUGAUGUAGCAUACACACCUCUACCUGGAGGCCCCACUGACAGCAUUCAGGUACCUCCUAAGGAAACUAGAAAAGAAGAGGUCUCUGUUCUUGAAAAUGUUCGUUGGAAGGAACUUGGACUCCUUGUUGCUGUCUGGGGUAUAAUCCUCACACUGCAGAUUGCCAAGAAUUACUCAACCACCUGUUCAGCAUUAUAUUGGGCACUGAAUCUAUUACAGAUUCCAGUGGCUGUCGGGGUAAGUUCAUACGAGGCUGUUAGCCUAUACAGAGGGCGAAGAAGGAUUGAAUCUAAUGGAGAAGCGGGCACAACCUGGCGUGUGCAUCAGCUGAUUCUUUAUUGUUGCAUGGGUGUAUUGGCUGGCGUUGUUGGUGGAUUGCUUGGUCUAGGGGGAGGAUUUAUUUUGGGUCCUCUUUUCCUGGAGUUGGGAAUCCCUCCUCAGGUAUCAAGUGCCACCUCAACCUUUGCCAUGACAUUUUCUGCAUCAAUGUCAGUCGUUGAAUAUUACCUUCUAAAACGUUUUCCAGUUCCAUACGCUCUCUACUUUGUGGCGGUUAGCACCAUCGCUGCCUUCACAGGGCAACAUGUAGUAAGAAAGGUCAUCAAUAUAUUAGGGAGAGCUUCUAUUAUUGUCUUCAUUUUGGCCUUCACAAUCUUUAUCAGUGCAAUAUCACUAGGUGGGGUGGGUAUAGCAGACAUGAUCAAAGAUAUUGAAGAGAACGAGUACAUGGGAUUUGAGAACAUUUGUACUUAUGAUGCCUAGUUAAAUUUCCUUAACUUUCUUAAUCCAAAAAGCCUGUGUAGCUAAUCUUCCUAGGCUGGAAAAUUUUUUUUUUUGUACCAAAUUUUGGAUCCAAAGGACAGAGACAAAAUUGAUGAUGACAUGCAAUAUCUUUCAAUUACAA